AUGAACUCUGGAUUAGCACCUACAUUUAAUAUCCCAGCAGCAUCUGAGACAUCACGACUACGCACAUUCCCUUAUGCACCUAGCACAGUCAGGCACGAUAGCCCAGGCGACUAUACCGAAUUGAUACGCGAGGAAACCCCUGGGCCUCCACCCGAAGUACAUCAUCGUCCUCAUGUUCGACAACAGCAACAACAGAGUUUCGAUGAUAGAUAUUCACCAGCAGCAUUAUACAACCAGCAGCAGCAAUACAAAAAUCCUCACCAUGAUCAUCCUCCUCCUGCUACCGCACGCCGGAAUAUGAGGAACCAGCAACAAUCAGUUAUGAUGAUGGCUCCUCCUGGCACAGCAAGACAUCCUCAACAACAACAGCAGCAACAGUCAUUGCCACCUUCGUAUUUCUACAAGGACAACAAUAACAUGGUUCAAGCACCUCCUCCUGCUGCUACCGUACAACAUCAUCGACAAACUGGAGUCCAUCCACAUCUGGUCGAUAGCACCAAUCAACAAUAUCGUCCUACUGCCGCUGUCGGAAAUAGUUACGCUACAGUUGUUUCACCCAAGGCAAGAUCGGUUGCGACGAGUGGCGUACAAAUCGAGUCUCCGUUCCACAACAACAACAACAACAACAUCGACAGCAUCAUCAUUAUCAAUGAUUAUGAAUUGUGA